AUGCCUCCCCACUUCAACGCCAGCGCGGGAACGCAGGCUCUCACUGAGACCUAUGAGCGGAUCUUCAACAGCAUUCAACUCACAAUUACUUUUGACAUCGAUGAAAUCGUCUUGAUGUCGCCGGAAUGGGCCUUCGCAAGAACUACAGCAGAGGGCACAAAAAUCAUGCUGCAGACUCAAACAUCAGAACCUCAUUCCAACCAAGAGUUGUUUAUUCUGAGGAAGGAGGAUGGAAGCUGGAAGAUUGCGCGAUAUGCUUUCUCAACUAUGAAACCACUUGUACAGGAUGGCAUUCGACGUAGCUAG